GUACAUAAAGUAAUGGAAAAGUCCAUACAUAAUUUCUCUGCGUUGGUUUAUUUUCCUGUCGAUCUUUAAACGAGCCCUUGUUAAGUUGGCAGUUAUACUGCGAGCAAACAUUCACAAAAAACUACCAUAGGAUCCCUUUGGCCAUUACUGUCUUCAAAACCUUUUUACUUAGCUCUACCUUUCACCUGCCAAAGCCCGUUCAAGAAUAUAGUUUUGUGUAAUUUUGCUACCAGUCAAUGUGCAAGCAUUUCGUUCCGGUUUGAUGGACACUGUAACUAGAUUAUGCAGCUUACAAGAUAAUAACAUCUGAUACUUCAAGGUGAAGGCACUUAAGUCUUGCCAAGUAUUGUUAGGUCAUAGGUUUGGAAGCAGGGGCGGGCCGAGAGUUGGGGGGCACUGAGCAAAGUCUAGUUUAGUGUUCUGCCUAGUUAAUCAAAUCAUUGACAUCUAUAAAAAAACGAUUUUCAUUAAAGUUGUAGGUAUAUGGUAUAAGACAAACAAGUGUAUAGUAAAAUCUAUUAUGACAGACACAAACAAAUUUAAGAAAUUAUUGCAAAAGAAAUCAACAGCCUUGGUUAUGUGUCAACUGCUUUAAAUACUACACUUUUAUAGUUUAAAAUAAAUAAAGUAUAAAGUCUUUUUUUUUAUAUUUUUUAAUAUCUUUAAUGGAGACUGGGGGGCUGCCCAAAAAGCCCUUAUGUGGAUCCGCGCCUGGCUGGAAUGUGUUGAUAUUUAUGUAUACAUGAUUUAAAUUAAAAACAAGUGUUUUUUACGUUUUUGGACUUUGAACCGGGAUGUACAUUGUUAAGAAGCACUAUUCUUAAUUUCUGCGCAGUUUUUGCUCGACAUCUAAAAUUGUUUUUGUAGAUAAUGACAUAUUAGCGGGCGGUCAGUAAUGCAGGUAUAGUAGAUACAGCUCAUGUCAUAUUAAUUAUAAACAAGGUCGCAAAACUGAUUGUUGACUUGAAUGCAAAUCAUGAUGACUUCGUGCAGCAGAGUUGUUAAGUCAUGGUGAGCGGGCGGUUUGCCGAGUAUUGACCUCUGUUAAGGAUGCACUAGAUCUGUUUAUUUACUGAGCUGCAAGAUGCAAUAAGCUAACUUGUUUUGCUAGGUUUGCUUUAAUAAUGCCACUAAUAUUAUUGAAUCUGUGCAUCUGUUCCUAAAGUACGUUCUUAGAUAGACAAUUUAGUAUGGAACAUUUUGGUGGUUUAAAGUUUGUAAUUAAAAAGUCUGCCACGAGGCUAAGAAAGCUGCAAAGAUUUCUAAAUGUUGGGAGAAAAUAAUAAUUAUAAAUCACGAUAAAAUCCCAAAACUAAUUUUAUUUCGGUAGUUAAUUAUGUUUAAAUUAAUUCUUUCUUUGCAUACUCCUGCUCGUUAUGUGUGCUGCAACAAUUUGUCGAAAAUGAAUUAUUUUAAGGUAUUACAAACUUCUUAUUGUUAUACUAUACAGUUUUGCAUAUCAUAUAGUAACAGCGCCUUUACCCACCAUAAAAAGGCUUGGGAUUACAAGGGCCUUGCUUGGUGCUGGCCUUUGAAUUCGGCAAGCUUUUUUACUUCCACCAGCUACCUCUCCCCUCCCUAGAGAAAAUCCGUGUCUACGUCAAUGCAUAUAGAAAACAAUACCCUCUCAUAAGAAAUGUCUCUCAAGUGCGAUUCAUCUUACGAUGCAAUCCUAAAAGUAAUUUAUUUCUUGCCGUGAUCAAAUUAUUUUCGAGAUCGCGGCCAUUUAUCUUAAAGAUCGACAAAGAACUCGCGUUAGCUAUAAAACAUUAAAAUUGCAUUACGAACGUGUCGUAGGUCCUUAAGUUGUAUCUAACUGCGCGAGCGCAUUGGCUCGGUAAUAAAACGCGCUAUGCGUUGACGCGGCCGGCAUUCAAGACGCAAUACCGCCAUGUUCGACAUACUGAUAAUCGUGUCGGGAUUGUUACUCUUAAUUUAUUAUUUAUUCACGCGAAAAUUCGGCUAUUGGAAACGAAAAAAUAUACCUUAUCCGAAGCCAGUUCCAUUUUUCGGCAACUAUGCUGACAUGAUUCUGGUGAAGAAGACAUUUGGCGAAGUCGUUAAGGAGAUAUGUGAUCAGUUUCCCGACGCGCCGGUGGUCGGCGCUUUCAUGGGGACAGAACCCGUGCUCAUCCCUAAGGACCCAGAGAUCAUCAAAGCUAUUCUUGCGAAGGAUUUCUACUAUUUCAAUGGAAGAGAAAUUUCCGACCACGCUGAUAAAGAAGAACUUAUGUACAAUCUAUUUUCGACAUCCGGUGAUAAUUGGAAAGUGUUACGACAGAAUUUGACGCCUCUGUUCUCUUCGGCUAAGAUGAAGCUGAUGUUCAAUAUGAUCGCGCGUUGCUCGCGCUCCUUCGAACAGCUUCUGGAGGAGGAGUCCAAGCUAGUGUCGGUGGAAACCAAGAAUUUGAUGGAGCGAUUCACUAUCCAGUGCAUUGGAGCGUGCGUGUUCGGGGUAGAAACAGAUACAAUUAGCCACGACUCGGACAACCCUUUCAAACAAGCUGGCGAUGACCUGUCGAAAACAUCCAAGUGGUUGGCGUUUAAAAAUUCAGUGCGAAUUAUGUGGCCAUCAUUAUUUUACAGACUCGGAUUUUCGCUUCUUACAAACGAGUUAGACGUAUUCAAAAGCAUCGUAAUAGCUGUCUUCAAACAACGAGAUUAUAGACCGUCAUCGAGACAUGACUUUGUGGACUUAAUUCUUACAUGGAAGGAAAACAGUUACAUCGAAGGCGAUAAGUUACGGAGCGCGAGGAGUGUUGAAGGCGGUAAAACAUCUAUCAACGUUACUGACGAUUUAUUGAUCUCGCAGUGCAUGAUAUUCUUCAGCGCGGGCUUCGAAACAUCAGCGGCCACGUUAAGUUUCACUUUGUACGAAUUAGCAAAAAAUGAGAGAGUUACGAAGAAAGUGUGCGAGGAAGUCGACGCGUAUAUAAAACGGCAUGAGAAUAAAAUAAACUACGAUUGUCUGUCAGAGCUGCACUACUUAGAAGCUUGCAUUGAGGAGACGUUACGAAAGUAUCCAGUUUUGGGAGCUACUACACGUGAAGUGAUGGACAAUUACACUUUCCAAUCAGGUCUAAAAGUAGAGAAAGAUCUUCGAGUUCACAUUCCUAUUUUGUACUUGCAACACAAUCCGGACUUUUUCCCUGAACCACAGGAGUACAGGCCUGAGAGGUUUUAUGGGGAAGAGAAGCGAAACAUCAUACCUUACACUUACAUGCCAUUUGGAGAAGGCCCCAGGAUUUGCAUAGGAAUGAGAUUUGCCAAAAUGCAAAUAAUGGCGGGAUUGGUGACUGUUUUGAAGUCAUACACAGUGGAAUUAGCUGACGGCAUGGCGAAAGAACUAACCUACAGGCCAGAAGCGUUCGUGACCACAUCAAUGGACGGCAUCAACCUUAAGUUUAUAAAACGUGAAGGUUGGGAAGAGAGAAUGUAUGUUGAACAAAUUGUUUAGAAAAAAAAAAUGUUAAAAAGUAUGGGAGCUCAUAAUUUUGAAAUUCUUCGGAUAUAAGUAUAGUUCACUUUUAACUUUUACAAGAUGAAAGUGUGUCAUCGUUCCUUAUAGAUUUAAAUGUCGGUUAAAGUGAUUUUGUUACUUUUUUUAUUAUAUUAUAUAAAGCUGAA